AUGUUCCCAGUGUUACCGCUCAAAGGCGGUGGCGCUGGGGGCAUGGGUGGCGCGGGUGGCACUGGUGACGUCGGCGGCGCCGGUGACGUGGGUGGCACUGGCGGUGUCGACAACACCGGCAGGAUAUUAGAUUAUCUAAGAGAUAAAGAUCAUUUCUUUCCUCCUUCUGAUGAAAAUGCUCGUGAAGCUCUUCGAAGAGAAGCUGAGUUCUAUAAACUGAAUGAUCUCGUCUUAAUGUGCUUGCCCGAUGGUUUUGCUGUUGGUGAUGUUGUGAAAUGGAAGGAGAACGCCAUCGAAUCGUAUUGGAAGUUUUUUGCCAUGUCCUUGCUUCGUAAAUCGAUGGAUUGCUUUGAAUGCGGAGAGAAACUAAAUGAACAUUCGCGGACGAGGAAAAUAAAGAUAGAUUUUGAUUGUUGGGAACAUUUAAGGCAUCACAUGCGUUUUAUGGAAGGGGGCGUGAUAGAGGUUUUGAAGCCCUGCCUGAGCGUGCAAUGGUUGGGUCCCUACAAUUACAAACCAGUACACAUUCCGAGAUCCGCAAUCUAUCCUGAUAAAUAUUACGAUUAUGUCACGUUGGUAAGAAAAUUCGCCCCAUACUCGGGAAAAUUGGUCCCUCAACAUACUGAUCACGACUACGGUAUCAUAGCCAACCGUACAGGUCAUAAUCUGCAUGCUGAAGAACCCUCCAAGACGAGUUACGAAGUCGUAAUUACAAUACUUACCGUAGAGUUACCGAAACCUCAAGAGAUGACGCUAUUGGACAAAAUAUAA